AUGGCCAGUGGUCACCAGGGCUCCUCAUUUCGUCUUCUUUUUUCCCUUGUACCUGAUGAUAACAUGAACGAAAAACGGUCUUCUCACCAGGCCAAUUUUGAUUCCGCAUUUAAAAUCGGACUCGACCAAUCGCGGAAGGGGCGCACUACGUUAGCCACGAUUGGACGCGAUGUCAACUGCGACUUCGUGAUCAGUGACCCCGCCGUCUCAAGACUACAGUGCUCCUUUGAAAUAAAUCCAGCCAACGGCCUCAUAUCUCUGAUUGACAGGUCUCGGCUCGGUACUACCGAUGUCGGUGGCGAAAAGAGCAUUGGGUUCCCUCGCACCGCGCAAAGACAAGUCGUUGUACUCCCUGGCUUUAACGAUAAGCUGUUUUUGUGUGGCAAACAGGGAUACAGAUACUUUAUUCAAUGGAAGAUGGACGCAGCGAUGCAGUCGCGAGCAAUGUCCAGGCUUUGCACCCCAGGUGCUGAACCCCAGGAAAUGACAUGGCAAGCCAUUGAAACGAUUAAAACAAACAAGUGUGGAACUGUCUCCCGCGCUGCUAAUGGCUUCACUGGUGGCCUGAUUGCUGUCAAAAAGAUCGAUGCAACAAAACUUGGCAGAAGCAGAACUUCUUUGCUGCAGCUUGAGAAGAAUGUGGAAUCUUUGCGGAAUAUAUCGCAUGAUCAUAUCGUUAGCAUCAUCACCUCGACCGGUUGGUGUGAUAAUACCCUUGAGAUUGCCAUGGAACUCAAAGAUGGCAGCCUCCAGUCACUGGUUGAUUCAUGGGUAGACAGGAAAAUGCGUCCCUCUGCCAUUCAUGCCUUGGGUCUGAAGGCUUUGUAUCACUCUCUUCUGGGUUUGAAAUGGCUACACGAUCGCAAAUUCGCCCAUGGCUCCAUUGCGCGGGAUGGCAACCCCAACUCUAUUCACAAUUUCGACUUCGUACUUGCGGACUUUGGCCUUAGCACUGCCGAUCCGAAGGACGAGUACAACAGAAUCUUUCUUGCCCCAGAGCGCCAUUACUCCGAUAGAAAAGCUAGCAGAAAGUCUGACAUUUGGUCUCUUUAUGUCACGAUGUUAAUGGUUCUGCAAGUCGACGAUGACUUCGCUUUCAACAUCAGAUCCUACGACAUGGACAUAGGCCAACAUUUCGAUAACGUCGUCCAGGCUGCGAGGAGUACCACGGGGAGUCUGCAGAACCUCCACGUCAUGGCAAGGAAGAACCCAGAGGAGCGGUGGUCUGCAAACGAAGUUCUUGAACACUUCUUUAAACACGGCCACUGGCUCGACCGUCCCUUGCCACCCCCAGACCUGCUUCCUCGUGAUAGGAGGCAGUACGGCCCGAGUUCCUACAAAGCCCCGAGAAGGGGCCUCACAAGACAGUCAACGAUGGAAAGGCUGAAGCAGACUGGGGACAAUAUUCUGCGGCGCAUCACAGGUGAAAUCUCUGAUGCCGCCGGGAGAAGGGGAAUGACUUUCAGAGGGCAUGAUUAA